AUGCGUUUACAACCUUUACAACGCUGCACAUGUCAGGUGCUUCGCAGAAAUGUGCGCCAAAUACCGACAGCAUAUUCCACGCGGAUCGCAUCACGGGCGACGGCCAGCCCGGGAUUGACCCCCAGGCUGCUUCACACCUCGACUCCCCAGCGCAAACGAGACGACAGGCAGUCGCAGCCCAAACCUGCAACUAUUCAGGACCUGGAUAUGUUUGGAAACACCCCUCCGCCAUCUACAUCAGUGGACGUGUGCAUGCACGACGGCUUCGGGCUCAACAGUGGAGUGACGAUAUCAGACGGGAAUGGAGCCUUGCUGGUGAAUGGGGAAGCCUUCUCCUGGCGGCCGUGGGAACUCGCGACGGACAAGAAGCUCGGCAAUGCCAAGGGGCAGUUCGUGCUCCCAGAGGAAAGUCUGUCAACGCUGGAUCUGCUCUGGCCGCGCCCAGACCUUUUGAUCAUCGGUACAGGCAAGAAUAUCAUGCCAUUGAGCCCCGAGUCACGAAAGGCCAUCACGAAAAUGGGAUUUCGAGUUGAUAUCCUAGAUACACGGAACGCCGCAGCGCAAUUCAACUUGCUGGCUACGGAGCGAGGAGUUUCGGAUGUUGCGGCCGCGCUGGUACCUUUGGGAUGGAAGGACGGUCAAUGGACCGAUUGA